ACGGACAACCCCUUUAUACGCGACGACGCCACCGACCGCGACGUGCGCCGCGCAGUCAUCGUCGACCAACCGUGGGGCAAUAUCAGCGACGACAGUGAUCGCGACAAAGUACGUCUGACACAAUCUCUUUACAACAGGGAUGGUGCUGAAGAGGACCUACUGGGGGCGCGCUAUAAACCGUGCUGCCAGCAGCUCGAGAAGCGCUGCGAGUUCUCCAUCGACGAACAGAGUGGGAUCCACGCCAGGUACCAGCCCAGCAUCACCAACGCGCCCCCCAGCUCCAUGGCCAAUUCAGAGAACGACAUCGCCGCAGGGCCCGACCUACUCGCGUUCGCCAAACUCCUGGCGAACGCGUUCCAUGCGCCAGGCGCAGCAACGCUACAUCCACCGUGGGCUACUUCGAUGGUUGACAAGUCCCACAGGCACAUCGCGCCGCCGACAACUUACCAGCAGCCCGACUACGUUGAGCUACAAGGCGGCGACGACCACGCCGCAGACCUGUUCGACCACUAG